UUAUUGAUUACGAAUAUCUUACUUAAUUAAGUUUUUAAAAAACUUUUUAAAAUGUCACAAAGAUUAGAAAACCAAAAAUAAUAAAAUUAAUAGUAUUCCUAUAAUUCUGGAACAACAUUUGAUGGGCCUUCAUACAUUAGCCAAUCUUAGGUUAAUUUAGACAAGGUUAAACUUUUUGAGAGAAUUUCAUAUUCAAUCGAUUAGCUUUCUGAUUGCGUUCUUGAUUACUUAAAUGCAAAUGUAUAGCAAACAAAUUUAUAAGCAUAUGCCAAAGGUUAUUCGAAAUAGGAUAUAAAUUAAAUUAAAAACUUACUGCAUGCGACGGUAGGGAAUUAUGUAGUAGAGACUGUUAAAUUUGAAGAUCAAUUUAACAAAGAAAAUCAAAGAAGUAGUAGCAAUUAGAGUAAUCAUCUUUUUUCAAAUAGAUUCUCUUAAAGUAACAACGAAUUUGAUGAGGGAUGCUCUACUUAAAUGCCAACUUCUAAACAUACUUUCACUAAUAGGCCUCUUUCUUCUAUAAACUAAAAUCCAUUUUUUACAGAGUAUCAACCAGAUGAAUAUGUCCUCCACCAAGAAAUAGAGAAGUUAAACGAAAUAAUCAAUUAAAUGCAAUAGGAAAAAGAAUGGAUGUAAAAUUAAAUACAUGAUAUGCAAUAUGAGGAUAUCAUUUCUUUGAAGUAAGAAAGACAAACUUUUGAAGAAAUGAAAGCUUAUCUCGCUGAUUAUAUAUCUAAUUUUAAGAAAAAUUUUUUAUGUGUAUAGCUUAACAGCUAGAAAGCGAGUGAUAUUGUAUAAAGUGACUUGUUUAAUGAAAUUUAUGAUAUUUUGACAACAACUGAAAAUAAUUGGAAGAAUUCUCAAUUUAGUAAAAAGAUAUCAUUCAAUUAUAAAGACGACACUAGAUUACAAAAUUUGACUUGGAAAAGAAAUAAGAAUCUUCUUUAAGCUGGAGUUGGAAUGGUCCAAUUAAAAAGAAGAAGUAACUCUGUAGAUUUUUCUUAUAAAAGUCCUUAAAUAAAAAAUGAAAAACUAAGCGAUUUAAAUGAAAAAAUAAUUGAUUAAUAGUAGAAAUUAAAGGAAGCAGAAUGCUAAAAAGAGAUAGAGUUCUCUAUUUUCCAUACAUUUUUACGCUAAUUCACUUAAAAUAAUUUUGUAGAAAAUUUAGAAAAUAAAAUUUGCAUUGAAAAUUAGAGAGAGUUAAUUGAAAAAUAAUAAGAAAUAAUAAACUAAGUAGAGUAAUUGCAUUAAAACCAAGAAUAAAAUGAGAUAUAAAUUAAUUCAAAUAGCCAAGUAGAAAUUCAAAGAUAAAAGUGUAUUUAGUAAAAUAGUUAGUUUGAUGAUAAUGGAGACUCACCUAUUUUUUCUCAUUUAAGAGGUUGCUAGAAGCAAUAAAAUGCAAAUGAAUAAAUUUAAUUUGUAGCCAAAAAAAUUCAAACUGAGAAUAAUGAAGAAAAAUAAGAUUUUAAAAACGACUUAGAGUGCAAUAGUAAUUUUAGAAAGAAUAAAGAAUUUAAUUCUGUGUAAAGAAUAUAACCCGAUUAAAUUUUAGAAUAGGAUGAUAAAGUUAUAUUAACUCUUCACAAUGAUGAGGAAUUACAAUCUGAAUAAAUUAAUCAAACUUAAUAGAAUAAUGUAAGAAGAUAAAAUAAAGUUGUAAAUGACUUACCUCUCUAAAUAUAAAGUAUGAAAUUUAAUGGAAAUACAAAUGAGGAUGUGAAUAACAAUAACACUAUUUAAAUUAAUAAUAAUAUAAUCAAUAUCCCAAGCAAUAAUAUGAAUUUUACAAUUGGAAAUGAUUAAAGCGAUUUCCUACAUAAUAAUAUCGAUCCUUCAUUUAACUAGGAAAUCAAUAAUAUAAGUUGUAUUAACAAGCUCGAAGAUGAACCUCAAUAAAUAAUAGAUUUCUUAGGAACUCUUGAACAAAAGCCAACUUCAAGAUUUAUGUGUUAAUCAAGCUUUAAGAAGCAAGCGAUUCGUUAAAGCUUAAAUGUCAAUCAUUACAAAUCAAAUUAGAAUGACUUCAAAAAUUAUUAUAAUGAGAGUGAUUAGCAAGUUUGCGAAUAAAUGAAUAACGAAUUUAUCGCCCUAGAUUAAAUUCAAAUUAGCAAUAACUAAGAAGAUUUUAAUUAAUGCUACUAAAAUUUUAAUAAUGCAGCAAAUAGACAAAAUGAUUAAAGUGAAGUAAAUGCAAGGAAUUCAUUUAAAGGAUUUAAUAAAAAUUAAAAUAAAAGUAAAAAACCUAUUUUAAUGUCUUUUAACAAUAAAGAAGACCUAAUUAAAAACUGUAAUCAAGACUAACAAGAAGAUGAACAAAAUGAAAAGAGUAAAAUUGAAAGCUUUAUGAAUGAAAACUUUGAUGAUGUCAAUAAUAGUCUCAACUUAGAGGAUAUUGAGCAAAUUGAGGAAUUAUGUGAAUAGAAUUUGGACUAGCAAAACUAAGUUAAAAAGGUUAAAAACUUAAAAAAUAUUGAUCUUCCUAAAUUAGAUUUAUCAACAAUAAAUUGCACUGAGCAAAUAAAGAAUAUGAGAAUGACUAUAGGAUAAUAGUUCAUGAACAACUAGUCUCUAGCUGCUUUAUAGAUUAGCAGUACCAAAAGCUAGUAAAAUUAAUUUGCUAACCCACAAAGUUUAUUUAAUAUGAUAAGUCCUAUUCACAACACUCAGUUGCUAAAUAAUCGCCAACAAUCUUUUGCAUUCAAAAAAAAUCCUCAAUAAUAAUAAUAGCAAUAAUACAAUUAAGAUUAAUAAUACUCUUAUCAAUAAAUAUAUGGAAUCUCAUAAUAAGGAAACAACAAAAUGAAUGAGAGUAUUCUCAACCAAACCACUUAAAAUGCUAAUAAUAAUACAUAAAUUGACUUACUGAAAGGAUUAAAUGAUACAGUCUUAAACUAAAUGGAAAAGAUUGAAAUUGAGAGAUCUAACUUUUAUUAAAAUUAUCAAAAUUUAUUAAAUGAAAAAAAUGACAUCCUAUAAAGAGAAAUUCUACUUAAAAAUAAUAUCAUUGACUUACAAAGAGAAAUUCAAAUUCUUUCUGAAGAGAACUCCAGACUUAAAAGCGAAAUUAGCCACGAACAUGAUUACAUUAACAAAUAAAUGGAAUUGAUAAAUAGAGAAAACGAAAAUAUAAAAACUAAGAAAGAUAGAUUAAGGUAAGCAAAGGAUUAACUUACUUUUAGAAAGAAGGAAUUAGAAGACAAGGAAAAGUUAGUUGGAUAAUAAUAGUUGAUAAACAUGUUAUAAGAGAAAAAAAUUAUAUUCCAGAAAUAAGCCUUGGAUUAACAAUGGAGUGAGUAAGACAAAAAAAAGGCAGAAAUAGAAAAAUCUGAGAAAUUGGUAAAUCAAGAAUGGGAUAAUGUGAAAAAAGAAAGCAAAAAGAUUUAAGAAUUUAUUUCUAAACAAAAAAUGAUAAAAGAAAACAACUAGAAAGAAAUAGCAAAAGAGUUAUAAAGUAUACAGCUACAAAAAGAUGAAAUAGCUGCUCAAUAUAGAAUACUAAAUUCUAGAGAAAGCAGCUUAAGAGAUUUAGAAAAUAAUUUAAAAGAAAGAGAAAAGAAAAAGGAUAAAAAUAUAUUGGAAGUAAGAAAUAAGAUAUCAAAUAUGUUAGUUAAUAUGUGA